GAGGCAGAUGGCACUCUGGACUGUAUCAGUAUGGCUCUGACGUGCAUCUUUAACCGCUGGGGCACGCUUCUGGCGGUGGGGUGCAACGAUGGACGCAUCGUCAUUUGGGACUUCCUGACACGGGGCAUCGCCAAGAUUAUCAGUGCUCACAUCCAUCCAGUCUGCUCACUUUGGUGAGAAAACAAACUACGGUCACAACAAAGGAAAAACACACACACCGUUCAGAGUCCGCAAACCAUGUUUAUAUAUGCUCAAAUGUUCUUCUUGUAUUUUCUCAUAAACCCAUCAUUUCGUUCCAGAGCCCUUGUCAAGGGGUGUUUUGACUGUGGUUCUGAAUCUUAACCUUCCUAAACGUUUCCCUGUGUGUCUGCAGUUGGAGUCGAGAUGGGCACAAGCUGGUGAGUGCGUCUACAGAUAACAUAGUGUCCCUGUGGGACGUCCUGACGGGAGACUGUGACCAAAGGUUCCGCUUCCCCUCGCCCAUCCUAAAAUUGCAGUACCACCCAAGAGAUUUGUGAGUAUAUAUCUGUAUCUACCUCGUCCUAUACCUCAGCCUAGUCUUAUCCUUUCUAACUAAUUCUAACUCCUAACCUCAUCCAUCAAACUACAAGUUAGUACAACCGACCCCACCCACCUGGGAGUAUAUAUCUAUACCCCAGCUCAGUAUAUACCUCGACCUUAGCUCAGCCUACACCUCAGCCUCUUAUGCUUCCUAACUGAUUGUCACUCCUAACCUCAACCCAUCAAACUGUAUGGAAUAAUGGAAUAUCUGUAUGGAAAAAUAUAGAAAGCACCACUUGAAAUGCCAACCUGUCCCCUCCCGUUGUGUUUCAGGGACAAGGUCCUGGUGUGUCCUAUGAAGUCAGCCCCGGUACUGCUGACGCUGUCAGACUCUAAACAUGUGGUUCUGCCCGUGGACGAUGACUCUGACCUGAACGUGGUGGCGGCCUUUGACCGGCGGGGGGAGUACAUCUACACCGGCAACGCCAAAGGAAAGGUCAGAGGUCACCAGGGGCUGGGACAGUUUAGAUUUGAAACCUUGUUUAUUUAUUUGUGGAUCAGACAUACUCAUUUUGUCAUUCUUUUUCUAUUUAGCACUUUAUAUAUGAUAUAUAGGUUGUAUAUGUGUGUGUUGGUGUGUGUGUGCUGUUUUCAUUGAUGUGACCCUGCAGAUUUUGGUGCUGAACACGGACACACAGGAUCUGAUGGCAUCGUUUCGUGUUACGACAGGGACCAGCAACACUACAGCCAUCAAGUCCAUAGAGUUUGCACGCAAGGGCAGGUGAGAGGACUGAGAGGGAACUAAUUAGUGUGUGUUUGGGAAGGCUGAAAAGGCAAUAGAACUCUUAUGAUUGUGUGGAAAAUAGUUCUGGUGUUUAGAAGGUAGUUGUCGGCCUUUAUGGAGAAUAUUUCGAAGUUUCAUCAAUAGACUGAUCAUGAUCCAUUCUCUUCUCCUCCUUCCUCCAGUUGUUUCCUCAUCAACACAGCAGACCGAAUCAUCAGGGUGUAUGACGGGAGGGAGAUUCUCACCUGUGGGAGAGACGGGGAGCCAGAGCCCAUGCAGAAACUACAGGACCUGGUCAACAGGUACACAUACACACCGCCGCUGAUAAUGGCUGACCCUGGCCGUGACCCCCGAGGGUGUCUCAGGGGGAGUUGGGAUAUGCAAAAAACACAUUUCACACAUGCUUAUAAUAGAAAACAGGACAAAUAUAAACACACACACACACCUUCAUGGCGCAUACAAACCACACACAUGCACACUUUGAUACAUCUCUCUCCUCUUCUCUUUCCCUCUCUCCCUCCACUCUCCUCCCAUCUCGCUGAAGAACUCCCUGGAAGCGGUGUUGUUUCUCUGGGGAUGGGGAGUACAUCGUGGCUGGUUCAGCCCGGCAGCAUGCUCUGUACAUCUGGGAGAAAAGCAUUGGUAACCUGGUGAAGAUCCUCCAUGGAACCAGAGGAGAACUACUGCUGGACGUGGCUGUAAGGAACCCCAAACCUCUUUCUUUCUCGCCCGACCCCCUUGGUUUUUCUCUGGAGAUAUUCUCUUUUUGCAUCAUUUCAAGGGGGGAAUUAUUUGAAUUGUCUUUAGACUCACAGAAUAAACAGUAACUCAUUGUGCUGAUGAACAUUGACCUGACCCUGUGCUGACCUAUUAACCCUGACCUCUCUGCAGUGGCACCCUGUGCGGCCAAUCAUCGCCUCCAUCUCCAGCGGAGUGGUGUCCAUCUGGGCUCAGAACCAAGUGGUGAGUGACAGACAACACAGGUUUGACCUGAGUUCUAUACCCGGGUAG